GAGGCGGAGGCGGCGGUGGCGGAGGAGGCGAGGAAGAACCCGACGGAGGCGGGGACGGCGUCUGCGGCGGGGAGCCAACCAACGUGUGGUACCCGCGCGUCGUGCUGCGCCCCAAGACUUACCUCUGCCCCUUCUGUGAUAAGUGCUUCACCAACCGCCAGAGCAGGUCGCGCCACGUCCACCAGAAGCACGCGGCGGGCCUGGCGGGCACCUGCGCGGUUUGCGGCCAUGUUUAUACCAACCUCCAAACCCGUGUGCUCACACGCGUGUUCACUCACGCAAGAUACAACCAUAGCCUCUCACGCCCUUCUGCCGGCCUGCUGCCUGGCACACUUCGAGGCGGCGCGACGCCCCUCGCACGCCCCUCCCCCAGACUUCCCUCGUCCUCCUGCCUGCGCGCGAGGGGAAGCCACGGCCGCGCGGGCGUCCUCUUCGUGCGUCCCAAGGCUGUGGGAAACACAGGUGUAACACUGACUCUAAGUUAAGCAGCAUAAUCUUUGAGGCAGACAGUGACCUGCCCCGCCCCCCUCUGGUGAUAGCUGCAGGUGGAGAGGGCUAGGCCUCUCCCCUUCCCGUGGUAGCGAGGGGGUGAGGGCUGCGGACGUGGAAGUGUAAGGGUGCAGGCUAGGCUCACCCUUUAGGCCCUGACGCGUGUAGGCGCCACCCUGCUCAUUCUUGUAAGCUCCCUCACGGCCCGCCUAACACAUGUGACUAAGCUUGUGCUCAUAUGGUAGGGCGCUGAUGAUUCUCAGUAGGCCUAGAUCAGUGCCAAGUUAGAGUUAGAGUUCUUUACAAAUCUCUGUAGAAAUGAUUGAUAUUACAUUUUCAUGUAUGGUUGUUUUAUGUAAAUAUAUUUUGUUCCAUCUAUUGUAUAUAUGCACUGUUUUCAUAUGAAUAAAACUGGAACUGGUUGUAUUUGUUUCGAAAAUAUUUGUUUUGAUCUUUCCAACUCUUUGAGACCUUGGAAUACAAAAGAUGAGCGUGAUGUGGCAUAGCACUGUGUUGCCAGGACGUAACACACGUCGGGCAAGGCUGCAGUGGAGUGACGGCAUCCUGGUCGGUGAGCUGCGUCUGCGUAGGUACAGAUGUGUCCGCCUUGAUGGCAAUCGCUAAUGCGGUGCAGGCGACGGCGCCGUCGGAUCGCCCCAUCAAGUGCCCAUUGUGCCAGAGCAUCAUCAAGCAGGCACGCAAUCUCCGGCGCCAUGUGUUCAAGCGGCACUUGCCCGCCGCCAAGCGAGGUGAGAUCACGGAGGCGGACGUGAAGAACGUGCUGGAGCGCAAGUUGAAGGCCAUCACUGUCACGCCGCUCACGGAGGAGGAGCUGCGGGCGGUGCAACAGCGGACCCGUCGCAAAGGCAUGAAGACACCCCGCAAGAAGAAGGGCGUCGCCUCCUUGCCGGACGGUGUCAAUGGGUCGAACAUUAAUGAAUCAGAGGUGACAAUACGCAAGCUUCCCCAAAAGAAAGACAAAAAGGAUAAGGUAGGAGGGAUAACAGGCUUGUCUAGCACAUCCACUAACUUAACCGGAGAAACCAGUCGCGAGGGCCGAGAGGACAUCUUGCAGGAGGCUCUGGCCGCAAGGGACAAAGAUAUAGCUCCUCAAGAUGAGGUCAUGGACUUGGCUACGACCCAGCAGCAGUUGCCCCCCAUCUCGGUGGUCGUGUCUCACAGUGGCCAUUCUGGGGUGCAGGUAGGAACCCAGCCCAUGUCUCUCACUGUGACACAGACUGCAGGGGGCGUUCAUGCCAGGAUACCCGCCGAAGCAGCACUGGGAGCAGGGGUACGCUUGCAGGCUGACUCCCCAUUGCCUCUCCACCGUGACCUUCCCACGAUGCCGCCGAUGGCAUUUGAACCACAGGUCACCAUCAGUGAAGGUAUGGUGACUUAUCACACCACCUCCCCCUCCCAAGUUCUGACCCAGACCACUUCUUCCUCCCCGUCGGCGUCGGGUUAUACUCCAGCCUCGUAUUGGUCCCCUCCAGGAGUCGCAGGCCUUCCAGCAGGUACUUUCCAGCCUCACGCAGAGUGUGUUCGCUCCAGCGCACUCGGAGUACUUCGCUGCGGGCGUGCACAUGGCACGGCCUGCCUCGCUCGAGCGCAUGCAGCAGCACCGACGCAAACCCUACCAGUGAAAGUUUCCUUGUCUUUGUUUCGGUACUAG